CUAAACGACUAGAAAUGUCAAUCUGAGCAAGGGAGUCCCAAUAAUCUAAAGCAAUCUGUAAGGACCUGACCUUAGUCCAUCCAGAUCAAUAGGGAAGUGAGGGUGGAAAGACGAAGAGGAAGAAAUAAGGGGCGCAACCGGAUCGUUUACACUGGCUGUUUCCGAGGAAAUAUAGACUUGUCUUGCUCGCACCUUUUUGUUGCUCACAUGCUCACACAGUAGGCUAAAAGUGGAUAUCGAGGCAAUUCCGUUGCUUUGUGUGAUCGCAGCAGACUUUUUCCCCCUCUUCCUACCACCAUGUCUUUCCCUCAGCUGGGAUAUCAGUACAUCCGACCGAUAUACCCGCCGGAGCGCCAGGGGAUCGCCAGCAACGCCCGGGCCGGGACAGAGCUCAGUCCGUCCGGCGCGCUCUCCAACGUCCUCUCCACUAUGUAUGGAUCUCCUUUCGCCGCAGCAGCGCAGGGCUAUGGAGCGUUUCUGCCCUACUCGAACGAUAUAUCCAUUUUCAAUCAACUGGGUGCUCAGUAUGAAUUAAAAGACAGCCCGGGGGUCCAACACCCAGGGUUUGCCCACCAUCACCCUGCUUUUUACCCAUAUGGCCAGUAUCAGUUUGGUGACCCGUCCAGACCCAAAAACGCCACCAGGGAGAGCACCAGCACCCUGAAGGCCUGGCUCAGUGAGCACCGCAAGAACCCCUACCCAACCAAAGGUGAGAAGAUCAUGCUGGCCAUCAUCACCAAAAUGACCCUGACCCAAGUGUCCACCUGGUUCGCCAACGCCAGGAGGAGGUUAAAGAAGGAGAACAAGAUGACCUGGGCGCCCCGGAACCGCACCGAUGAAGAGGGGAAUGUUUACACCAGCGACCACGAAGGGGAGGAGGAGGGUGACAAGAGGGAGGACGAGGAGGAGAUCGACCUGGAGAACAUCGACACGGAAAAUAUCGAGAACAAGGACGACUUGGAUGACCAGGACGACCUACAUUCAGAUCUAAAACUCGACGGGAGAAGUGACUCUGAGAUUUCGGACGGCUUUGAGGAUUUACAAGAGUCCGACCAAAGGUUUCUAAAAGCUGUGGGGGGAAAAGACGGCAAAGACGUGGAUAGAGCCGGAGAACACUUCCACAGCCACCACCACCACCACCACCACCAUCACCACCACAACAACCACCACUCAUCUCUGGAAAUCAAAGCGUCUCAGCCAAACGGAGAAGCACUCAAACUCAACCCGGUGUCUGUUAGUUCACCCCCUUCAGAAAACAACCCUGCCCCAGCCCAGAAGCCAAAGAUCUGGUCUUUGGCAGAGACAGCCACGGCUCCUGACAAUCCACGCAAAUCACCACAAAUAAACGGCAGUAACUCCGCAGGGCCGGCCGCGCAGACCAUCCUGGCCCCUCACAGACUCAUCUCUUCUUGUCCCGUUGGAAAAAUUCAGAACUGGACAAACCGCGCGUUCUCUGCGCAUCAGCUGGCUUUACUGAACUCCAAUCAUUAUCUGGGGCUGGCAAACCAGGCCACGGCCACGGGUCUGGCCCUCUACAGCAGCAGGCAAACGGAGGACAAGAGUCAUAGUUCAGAGACUCCAGUCACAGGUACAUGUCCCCGACACUGAGACGCGCAUGUAGAAAUAACCACAAAAACAAAGACACUAGUCCAUUGCCCGUCAUUUAUUAUUUUAGACCCCCCCCCUCCCCCUUUUUUCUCCUUUUUUUUUUGUUGCCUGUUCGUGGAUUUUUUUCCCCCUCUCCUGUCUAGGCCACACAGAUCAGCAGUGUUAACAAUGUUAGAGCUUGAAAACUGUGCGUAAGUUUGCGCGUGUGCGUGCGUGUGUGCGUGUGACUGCGACAAAACAAGUGCGGAUCUGAGCGCAUUUAACGAAAAAAAUGAGUAAAAAAUUUCUAUUCUGAACCCCCUUCCCUUCCCUUCACCCACUCACCCUGUUUUCCUUCAUUUGGUUGCUAUAGGUCAUAUGAUAUCGAGGCCCAUGUGCUUGUAUUUAAUGGUUUACACACAGCCUUGAACCCAUUAAAACAGACCAGUUGUGAAAAUGCACUGGAACCCAGGAAAAGGCAGUUUAAUUAAUGCAUUUUUAAUUUUCAUCGUCACUAUUUCAGAGAGAUCUAGUGCCUUGGACGCAGAGGGAAGAAAAAAAAAAGUUGUUGAAAACAGCUUUGUACACAGUUUAAAGAUGGUAAGACGCUGUCAGUUAAUGACAUUUGGGAAUUUUCUUUUGAUGCCAUAUCACAUUUUCUUUUUUUAAAUGCCACAUUUACCCAAAUUAGCUUUUAUUCUAGGAUUUUUUUUAUGGUAUUAUUUUCUCUCCCUGUGUGCGCUUGUGUUACUUCGUCAAGGCCUGUGUUACACUUACUUGUUUGGUCAUGCAAAUGAGCUCAAUGCAAAUUCACUACAGGCUGUUUUUUUUUUUUUUUUUUUUUUUUUUUUUGUUGAAAGGCAAUUGUCACUUUUAUAUCUCUUUGUGUUUAAGCUCUUCACGAGGCUAUUAUUACUGUGUUUUUUUCUUUCAUUUUUUUUUUUAAAAGAUCACUUCUAUUUUAUUUUAUUUUAUUAUUUUAUUUUAGCCCUGUGUAUUUCAGGCCUCAGAACCGACUCCAAGCAGCGCAGGUUCUUUCGGCUCUCUCUUCCAACAUAAACCCUCACCCAUUCCCUCCCUCACCCCCUUUUUUUUGUGUUUUUUCCUUUAAUUUGAAUAUGGAAUGUAAAAUAAGUAUAAUACAUCUCUGUAUACUUACAUUGUAAGCAUGUCCCGUGUAAAACUGCUAAUGUAAUAAUGUAUGAACCUGUAGUCUGUGAGUUUUUUUUUUUUUUUUCUUUUCUUUUUGUAAGUUCUGUGAGGAUUUGAUGUUCAAAUGUUUUGUAUAUAAAGUUAAGAAUAUGUACAUACUUGUGAACCAAAUUGUACAAGAAAGUCUAUAUUUUGGCUAAUAAAUGAACUGCUGCAACUUUAA